AUGGGAAAAUCAUCUCAACUCUUGUUGUCUCUUAAGAAGCGUCAUAAUCCAGUCUCCUCCAGUACUAUUGGUCGUUGGAUAAAAUCUCUUCUGACUGAUGCUGGUGUUAACACCUCUAUUUUUGGUGCUCACUCCACAAGAGCUGCCUCCAGUUCAGCAGCCAAGAAGGCAGGAGUACCUCUUAUUGAUAUAAUGAAAGCAGCUGGAUGGUCUAGAUCCUCCACCUUUGAACGGUUUUAUUACAAACCUAUCUUAUCUCCUCAGGUUGGAGACAUUUUGCUUUCAUCAGAGGUCCCCUCUAAUGAUGACCUUGGCAGUUCGUAACUGUAUGACAAAUUUCUUGGUCU